UUAUGCGCGUUGAUUAACGUCAAUGGCAUAAUGGCCUAUACAUUAUUCGACUCGGGAAGCACCACGGACUCCGUAUCACCGGAGUUCGCGCACAUAUCCGGAGCCAAACCCGUCAAGCUGACGGAACAAGUUAUCCUUCAGCUGGGAUGCUCAGGAAGCCGAUCUAAGAUUAAUUAUGGCACCUGGGUCCCAUUACAGUUCGGGCCGAUCGCGCAGACGAUGUACUUUGACAUCGUCAACCUCGAUCGGUAUGACUGCGUGAUAGGGACUCCGUUCAUGAACGCUCAUGGGAUAUCCCUGGACUUUGAACAACGAGCCAUCAUUGUCAAAGGCCAGGUCUGCCCGGCUUUUACCCUCGAGGAAGAUUCCUCG